AGUAGUAGUAGUAGUGGUAGCGCGAGCAGUAGUAGUAGUAGUAGUAGUAGUAGUGGUAGUGGUAGCGCGAGCAGUAGCAGCAGCAGUAGUAGUAGUAGCACGAGCAAUAGCAGUAGUAGUAGUAGUAGUGAUAGUAGCUCGAGCAAUAGCAGUAGUAGUGGUAGCACGAGCAAUAGCAGUAGUAGUAGUAGUAGUAGCACGAGCAAUAGCAGUAGCAGUAGUAGUAGUAGUAGUGAUAGUAGCUCGAGCAAUAGCAGUAGUAGUAGUGGUAGCACGAGCAAUAGCAGUAGUAGUAGUAGUAGUGGUGGUGGUAGCACGAGUAAUAGGAGCAAUAGCAGUAGUAGUAGUAAUAGUAGCACGAGCAAUAGCAGUAGUAAUAGCACGAGCAAUAGCAGAAGUAGUGGUAGCAAUAGCAGUAGCAGUAGUAGUAGUAGUGGUAGCACGAGCAAUAGCAGUAGUAGUAGUAGUGGUAGCAAUAGUAGUAGUAGUAGUAGUGGUAGCAAUAGCAGUAGUAGUAGUAGUAGUGGUAGCAAUAGUAGUAGUAGUAGUAGUGGUAGCACGAGCAAUAGCAGUAGUAGUAGUAGUAGUGGUAGCAAGAGCAAGAGCAGUAGUAGUAGUAGCACGAGCAAUAGCAGUAGUAGUAGUAGCAAUAGCAAUAGU